CGCGCGGGGGCCCUGAGCCCGCCCCCCCCCGCCCCGCUACGGAAGUUCCCCGGGCUGAGGGGGACCGAGACCAGGUCUGCGCUUCAUAUCUUUGGGAUCCAGGCUCGGAGGAGAUCCAGGCGACAGGAGGAGCGCGGCGUGCUGCAGGUGGCAGGCCCUUGGAAUCAGCCCUUGUCUUCAGCGCUUCCAGCGGAGCUUCCUGAGGACUCACAAUACAGAGGGACUCUGCAUCAUGGAUGUUCUUUCGGAAGCAAAUGGCAGCUUUGCGUUCUGCCUUUUAAAGAUACUAGGUCAAGACAACCCUUCACACAAUGUGUUUUAUUCUCCUGUGAGCAUCUCCUCUGCCCUGGCCAUGGUCUUCCUGGGGGCAAAAGGAAACACUGCGGCCCAGAUGGCCCAGGUGCUUUCUUUAAACACAGAGAAAGACAUUCAUCAGGGUUUCCAGUCCCUUCUCACCGAAGUGAACAAACCUGGUACUCAGUACUUGCUCAGAACGGCCAACAGGCUCUUUGGAGAAAAGUCUUGUGAAUUCUUCCCAACCUUUAAGGAAUCCUGUGUUCGAUUCUACCAUGCUGAGCUGGAGCAGCUUUCCUUUGCCAAAGCUGCAGAGCAGUCCAGGAAACAUAUAAACACUUGGGUCUCAAAAAAGACUGAAGGUAAAAUUCAAGAGUUGUUGCCAGGUAACUCAAUUGAUGCACAGACCAGGCUGGUUCUUGUCAACGCCAUCUACUUCAAAGGAAAGUGGAAGGAACAGUUCGACAAAACGAACACAAGUGAAAUGCCUUUUAAAAUAAACCAGAAGGAGCAAAAGCCAGUGCAGAUGAUGUUUCAGGAAGCCACGUUUAAACUUGCCUACAUCAAAGAGGUGCAGGCCCAGGUCCUGGAGCUGCCCUAUGUGGGCGAGGAGCUGAGCAUGAUCAUUCUGCUCCCUGACGAAGACGUGGGGCUAGACUCGGUGGAAAAAAAUCUCACUUUUGAGAAAUUCACGGCCUGGACCAAGCCAGACUGUAUGAAGAGCACUGAAGUUGAAGUUCUCCUUCCGAGAUUCACACUGGAGGAGGAGUAUGACAUGGAAUCUGUGCUUCAGCGUUUGGGAAUGCUUGAUGCCUUUGAACAGGGCAAGGCCGACUUUUCGGCAAUGUCAGCCGAGAGAGACCUGUGUCUGUCCAAGUUUGUGCACAAGAGUUUUGUGGAAGUGAAUGAGGAAGGCACGGAGGCCGCAGCUGCUUCUGCCAUACUGGUUGUGGAAUGUUGCGUGGAAUUUGGACCACGGUUCUGUGCUGACCAUCCCUUCCUUUUCUUCAUUAGACACAACAAAACCAACAGCAUUCUGUUCUGUGGCAGGUUUUCCUCUCCGUAGGGGGUGUGCUUACUGUGCAUCUCAGCCAAUGAGAAACACCACAGCUCGGCCAAUGAGAAAUGCCACAGCUCAGCCAAUGAGAAACACCACAGCUCGGCCAAUGAGAAAUGCCACAGCUCAGCCAAUGAGAAAUGCCACAGCUCAGCCAAUGAGAAACACCACAGCUCGGCCAAUGAGAAAUGCCACAGCUCAGCCAAUGAGAAGCCCUUGCUGCCCUGAACUGUUACUUUCCUCCAAUGGACUUUCCUUUAGAACAGCCCCUCCCACUCCCCCUUUUUCUCUAUAAAGGCAGCUCCCCUUUGUUCUCCAGAUUUGCCUGUGUUUCUCCAUAGCAUGCACAUCCUGAAUUGGCAAUCCUUUUGGUUACUCCUGAAUAAACUCAGUUUGAGAUAAAAUAACAGGAAAAUUU